AUGUCCAGAGCUUUAAGUACACAAGUCGAUUUGGAGAUAGCCAUCAAUGGUUAUAUAACUCCAGGAGAAGAUUAUUUCGACCGAGAACAACAAGAAAAAAGACCUCGACCUACUCCACUUCCUGGUCCACCAAAUGCCGAAAGUUUAGCUAGAAUGAUAUCCAAUGCUAGAAAAUCGAAAAAAGGAAAGAUAGGAAUACGUGAUAGAAUAUGUUGUCAUCAAUGGACUUGGUUUACGAUGGCAACUGGUGGUGUUGCCAAUGUCCUUCACUCAGUAUGGACUCCGUAUCGUGCUGAUUGGAUUUGGUAUAUCGGUCUCAUCUUCUUUCUUCUCAAUUUAUGUCUUUUUAUCAUGAAUUGCAUCUUAAUUACGAUGAGAUUCAUCAUGGUACCGGGAAGUUUUAUGCAUUCAUUUUUGGAUCAAAUGGAAUCACUUUUUAUUCCAUCCGUGGUACUCUCCACUGCAACUAUCAUGAUCAAUACUUGCGAAUAUGGUAUUCCUAUGACAGGUCCUUGGCUUCAACAUACUAUGGAAUGGUUAUUUUGGAUUUAUAUCGUCGUAAGCGUAAUAGCUAGUGCUGGUAUGUAUUUGAUUUUAUGGUCAACUCAAAUCUUCCCUAUUCAUACCAUGACACCCGUUUGGGUAUUUCCAGGAUAUCCUUUACUUUUAACGGCUCCGUUCGCUAGUACACUCAUAGCAGCGAAUACUACGGCUAUGAACAAUCCACCUAUCAAUAGAUUAGCUAUAGCAAUGUGUGCCAUAGCUGUACAAGGUACUGGGUUCCUUAUAAGUUUUAUGAUAUGCGCUGCAUUCAUUUAUCGUCUUAUGACACAAAAGUUACCUAGAGAUAUGCAAAGACCAGGUGUAUUCAUCUCUAUUGGACCUAGUGGUUUUACAGUAGCUGGAUUAGUUUCCCUCGGUCAGCAAUCACAAGUUGUCAUACCAGAUAGUUUUCAAGGAUCAACUCAUAGUGUUAUCAUCUUACGAUUACUCUCAACUAUAGUUGGAUUAUGGUUAUGGGGUCUUAGUAUUUGGUUCUUUUUAGUAUCGGUCGGUUCAUUAUGGAAAUAUGUACGACCUGAACGAAAGAUGCCUUUUCAAAUGACAUGGUGGUCUUUCGUCUUCCCAAAUACCGCAUUAGUUACUGCUACUUUAGCUUUAGCUACCGCACUUGGAAGUACUGGACUUCGUAUUUGUGGUUGUGUUAUGGCAGCUUUAUUAAUUGUUGUUUGGGCUCUCGUUUUGAUGAGUAUGUUGAAAUGUCUUUGGAAUAGACAACUACUUUGGCCGAAAGAGUUAGAAGGCGAUUGA